AAAUUUCGUUUUUCUGAUUGUGUUGGACCUUAUGCGAAGAUUUGAGAGGAGGGGGCAAUUUGGUUAGCGUGUGGAAGAGAAGAGGUCUUACUGAUUUCUGAAGGGCAAUGUAGUGCAUUUACAUUUGGAACACACGCACCCCCGCUCGCACUGCAUACCUGUUGACAAUUAUCAUGCCUCUAUUUUUUUGGCAGUUAGAGCCCACUUUUUACCUCCCUCCCUCUCUCUCUCUCUCUCUCUCUCUCUCUGGCCCUGUAGAUUUGUCUUCGACUGAGAAAUGAGAAUUUUUGUUCGGCUUUCCUCAACUGCACCCGACUCUCUGAUCUCAGAUUUUGUCGUCUGGUUCUCGUCUAUUUCCUAUCAUCAAAUCAGUCUCUUCCUUUCAUUUUCUCAUCUGGGUAUUCUCUGCUUCUCAUGAAAUCGCUCUCUGCAUUCAUUUUUUUUUUCCUUUUUUUUCUCAUCUGGGUUUUCUUCAACAAUUGCAUGUGGGAUUGAUUUUGUUUCUCUAAAUUAAUGGGUUGUUAUUUAUGUUAAAAUUCGUAAAGCCAUGUCUGGCAGCCAUUCAGAAGCACCUAGUGGUUGCUCAAAGGCUUCAGCCGAGCUGAAGCUGUACCAGGCUUUCAUCUUCUCUGUGCCAAUUUUCUUCACUUUUGUUCUCCUCUUCUUGUUCUACCUCUUCUAUCUUCGUCGUCGGAGAGUCGACUGGACUUCUUUUCGAAUGCGAGCUUCAUUAACCGACGCCGACGACCCUUCCAGAGCUGAGUUGGGCUUGAAGAAGGAACUCAGGGAGCUGCUGCCCAUCAUUGUGUUCAAGGAGACCUUCUCUAUCAGAGAUUCGCAAUGCUCAAUAUGCCUAGGGGACUACCAAGGGGAGGAUAGGAUUCAACAGAUACCUGCAUGUGGCCAUACAUUUCACAUGGAGUGCAUUGACCAUUGGCUUGCGACCCACACUACCUGCCCUCUCUGCCGCCUCUCCCUCCUUGUGUCUGCUAGAGCUCCAACCGAAACAUCCAAUUCCGAAGUAGAAGCCAAUCAUGGGUCUUCCAAUGUAGAGAAUAUUGGUGAAACAUCCGUCCAAUGCUGGCCCCAGACCAGUGAUGGAGAGACACAUUCUGAUCAACAUUUCUCCGUGCUGAGGAAUGGAGAUGGAAGAAUUGCCCAGAGUGGCUCUGAAGGAGAGGAAAAGUAGCUCCCAUUGUGCUGAGCAAAGCUGAGUCCUCUUCAUUAUCAAAUUUAACGACAAAUAUUUCUACCUGUCUUGCCUGUAUAAUUACUUUGUAUGCUCCUAUGUAUAUACAAGUGAUGACCAAGGGAUUACAUUACUCAGCCUAAUUUUCUUCUUGAAGACAAAGCAAACUGAUUUUUGAUCUGAAGUUACUCUGUAACUGUAACAUUAAUUGUACCAAAGAACAGCUUACCAGAAUGGGUUUCAGAGUGGUCAGCAAGGUCCAACUGAAAAGACAGAAACAGCAAAAAGAAGGUGGUAUACAAAUUAUUAUUUUGGUCC